AUGACUUUUUCAGACAGAGUUUUGCAGCAAAGUGUUAACGUGGGCUGUCUUCUUGUAAUGGCAAUUAUUCUGUGUGUUGCCUUUUUACUUGUAGCUUCUAUUCACGACUGUGAUAGCAACCUGCGCUUUGCCUCCUACUAUGGAGAUCACAUGGUGCUGCAGAAGUCUCCAGAGAGAGCUGUGCUGUGGGGCUAUGGCCCUGAGGGUGCACUGGUGACCCUCUACUUGUCAGGACCAUUCGAACAGAAAACCUCACCGGUCACUGUGACAAAAGGUAUUUGGCAAGUCACUCUUGACCCUGUCGAAGCAGGUGGUCCCUACAAUGUGACAGCAACCGUUCAGAACAACAAAGCCACUCUGACAGAUGUGCUGUUUGGAGAUAUUUGGCUUUGUGGAGGGCAGAGCAACAUGUGGUUAAAAACAUCUGAGAUUUUCAAUGCUUCAGAGGAGCUGGACCUUGCAGCAAAGUUUCCCCAUGUGAGGACCUUUAUGGCAUCCUUGGAACGGAGUGAAACUGAGCUUACUGAUUUAAUUAAAGUGGAACUCCCCUGGUCUGUGCCACCAGCAAAUGUGUCAGAGUUCUCUGCAGUGUGCUGGCUUUUUGGACGUUACUUGUAUAUGACGCUGCAGUACCCCAUUGGACUGGUGGAGUCCUGUUGGGGAGGCACACCUGUCGAAGCCUGGUCAUCGUCAAGAGCACUGCAGCAGUGUGGACUACAACAAACUAACGGUCCUAAGGACAAUUCUGUCCUGUGGAAUGCAAUGAUCCACCCGCUGCUCACUAUGACCAUCAAAGGUGCCAUCUGGUACCAAGGGGAAUCAAAUGCAGACUAUCAUCAAGAGAAGUACAGCUGUUCUUUCCCAGCUAUGAUUGAUGACUGGAGGAUGGCGUUUCACCUGGGCUCAGGGGGGCAGACUGCUCACGACUUCCCCUUUGGAUUUGUCCAGCUGUCCACCAAUGAAAAAGGCUCCACUAGUGACGCCUUUCCAAACAUCCGCUGGCACCAGACAGCAGACACCGGCUAUGUCCCAAAUGCCCGGAUGCAGAAAACCUUUAUGGCCGUGGCUUUGGAUUUACCAGAUGAAACCUCACCUCUUGGCACGAUCCAUCCCCGAGACAAGCAGGAUGUAGCCUACAGACUGACAUUGGGAGCAAGGGCCGUGGCUUAUAAUGAGAAGGAUGUGUCAUUUCUUGGACCUUUUCCUUACACAAUCAUGGCCACUAAAAUGUAUGUCAACGUUACUUACGACCAGAAAGUCUCUGUCACACCAUCUAAUGACACCUUUGAGAUCUGUUGCUCAGAGACUAAAAAUCCACGUGGGCCUAAGUCUCGCUGGGUUCCAGCUCCCAUCGUGCAGCAGGGUCCGAUCAGUGUCCAGCUAUCUGCUCAUUUGUGUGCACUUACUGAGGAAGUAGCUGCCCUCAGAUAUGCAUGGAGGGACUGGCCCUGUGACUUUAAAGCCUGUCCAAUCUACAGCAGCAGUAGGAUUUUACCUGCGCCUCCUUUUACUUUCAACCUUUAUUCUGCCAAAGAAAAUCAGAAACUGUAAGAAGACAACGUGAUG